AUGUCGCCCAUGUACACGGAGGAUAAGCUCAAUGUCGACCGGGUCGCCGUGAUCGGCGCCGGACCGUGCGGUCUCGCCGCCGCGAAAUACUUUUUGGCCGAGACGAAGUUUUCCAAAGUCCAAAUUUUCGAGCAAAGAGAUACCGUCGGCGGCGUUUGGACCUACAGCUCUCUCAGCGUCAUUGAUAUUGACUUCAGCAUCCCGAGAACGCAGCCCACAAAGAACCCGGACACGGCUAUUGCUGUUGAAGGUCAUGAGGCCAAGCAGUUCGUGUCGCCAGUCUAUGACUUUCUUGAAACCAACAUCCCGCACACGCUGAUGAACUAUUCCGACAAGAAGUUCCCGUCCACUGCCUCGCUAUUCCCCCCUCACCAGACCGUGAAGAAGUAUCUUGAAGACUACGCCGAGGAACUGAAGCCCAUCAUUUCACUAUCGACGCAGGUUUUGGGCUUGAAGAAGGUACAGAGUGGAAGCCAAGUCUGCUGGGAGAUUGAAACACAAGAUCUCAAGACAAAUGAGAUAACGAAAUCGCAAUUUGAUGCCGUAAUGGUCGCCAGCGGUCACUACAACGACCCCUUCAUUCCCGAUAUCCCAGGCCUCGCCGAUUUUGACAAGGCGCACCCUGGCACUAUCUCCCACUCCAAGUUUUACAGGAACGCUUCUCAGUACGAGGGCAAGAAAGUAAUCGUCGUCGGCAACUCAGCUUCCGGCAUCGACUUAAGCGCCCAGAUCUCCACGGUCUGCAAACUCCCCAUAAUUGUGUCCGAAAAGACCACCCCGAAUACCCCAGCAGAAGACCGCUCAUCAUGGGCCAAGAUGGUGCCCGAGAUCCUCGAAUUCAUUCCAGAAGGCCGCAAGGUGCGCCUCGCCAACGGCGAGGUUGAGUCCGAUGUUGAUGGUGUGGUCUUCUGCACGGGGUACUUCUACAGCUUCCCUUUCCUUAGCGCUCUUUCGCCGCCAGUCGUCACAGACGGUGCCUACGCUCGCAACCUGUACGAGCACCUUCUCUACAUCGAUGAUCCGACCUUGGCGUUCGCAGGUAUUCCGCAACGCAUUGUCCCGUUCCCUGUUGCCGAGGGCCAGGCUGCCUUCGUUGCGCGUGCAUGGGCAGACAGGUUGCCUCUGCCGAGCACCGCCGAGAUGAGGGAAUGGGAAGCGAAGAUGUUGAAAGAUAAGGGAGAGAGCAAGAUGCUUCACAACCUUGCUUUCCCGAAAGACCUGGAUUACAUCAACAUGCUUCACGCUCGGAGUCUUGAGGCUGCGAAGCGUGAGGGCCUUGAGAACGAUGGUGUCGGCAAGAUUCCGCCAUUCUGGGAUGAUGAGAAGAGGUGGACGAGAGAACGUUUCCCGCUCAUCAAGAUCGCAUCGAGAAAGCUUGGUGAGAAGAGACACGAGGUCACGACUUUGGAACAACUGGGUUUCGAUUACAAGGCCUGGAAGGCUGGCUUAAGCGAGGAGGAGAAAUUGCUAUGA